AUGGAUCAAGCAGAUAUACCUUCGUUGCUCUCGAGACUCAACAGCGAUGAAGAUGCCAUGCGUAAAAUGGCAGUAUUUAAGCUACAAUCUUCCAUCAAUGAUCCAUCGUUCGCAGAUGUGUUCAUUUCCUCAGGGGGCCUCACUAUCCUACGUCGACUGAUUAUGACAACCAAUGCGAAUACCCUCGCAUAUUCCCUACAGAGUUUGAGUCGCCUACUGGAAGUUGAUAUGGGUUGGGAAAUAUUCGAGGCACCAGGUGCCGGGGAAUUGGUUGAACGAGUCGUCGAAUUGAUCGUUACACAUCCACUGGUUAAUAUUCUACGAGGAGCCAUGUCGAUAUUGGUUGCUAUUGUGAGCCAUCCACAGUCUUCAGGGGGGCGUAUAAAAAUACCCGGCGCAUUUGGAUUUCGAGCUUUGAAACCUGCCGUCGCAGUUUAUCCUCAAUUCUUCGAAAUGGUAGUCUCGCAACUCAAUUCUGCGGAUCAUUUACUUUGUGCCAAUGCACUGAUGCUCCUGAAUGCAUUAAUGCGGGAUUCGAUUACAAAUGAUAACGGGCAGGGAAAGGAUAAUGUUAGCAAAAGUAGUGGGACUGGAGAGGAGUGGCCGAAGUUCAUUAAACGUUUACAAGAUUUGGGGGUUAUUAAAGCUGCAUAUAAUUUGAUGCAAGGCUCGGCAUUACAAGAUUUGUCGCAUCCGCUAUUGGAAUUUCAAAGUUUGACCAAGGUUUUAUUGAGCAAAUGGAAGGAGGUGAAGGUGGAUUUGGAAAGACCAGAACAUAGACGAGCACUAAAGGGACUACAUCUAGCCAGCGCACCCGAAAAGAAGGAUCUUAGCAACGGCGCUUCACCAAAGGUAGAUAAUUUGGAGAAUGGCGACAAAAAGGGGAGUCGGAAACACAAUCCCGAAAAGUGGAGAAGAUUGGGCUUCGAGACUGAAAGUCCUGCUUGGGAAUUCGAAGCGACUGGAUUUCUUGGUAUGAUGGAUUUGACCGAUUAUGUCAGGAAAAAUGAAGACGGUUUUCAAAAGCUUUUGUUGGAGCAAUCUUCUAAACCGUUAAAUGAGAGAUGUCCUAUCGCAAGGGCCAGUCUAAUAGUCACAUCUAUCCUGUAUGACCAUUUCGAGGUCGACAAAUCAGACGCAGAGGAUGCGAAAACUUAUCUGGUAUUGGAUGGAGUAAAGAAUUAUGAUAAGGUAUUCCGGCCUCUACUACUCCAGUGGUCAAGGCUACACUCAGCGAGUUUGCAAGCUUUUUUUAGGUUAUGGAAAGCUACUGGUGCCGAGCAGGAUGAUUUCAUAAAAGUCGCGGAACUUGUGCGGAUUUUAGUUGAGCAAGUGGUCGGCCAAGCUUCAAGAACAAAAGAUGUUCUAGAGGUAGAAGAGGAAUUGGCAGAAUUUGAAUAUUCGAAAUUACGAAAGCUACAAAUGGAGUUAUUGGAAUUGACAUUCGAAGACGAGUGGGGUCAACAUUUGCAGCAAGUACGAGAUGAGCUCAAACACGAAGCUCUUUUAUUUGUUAAAGAACAGAGAAUAAGAUGUCUACUUGAAGGAGCAUGGUUUCCAAGAAUUAUUCAACCGAAAACCGUUAGCGAAGAAGGAUCUUCUUCUACGAAAAGUCUAGGAAGAAGGAUACCAACGAGUUGGCGUUUUGUCAAACUUUCACACAAUCGGCGGUAUCUUCAUUAUUUCGAUUUUGAUCAUCAAUUGAGUAAAGAGCCGACACUUGAUCAAUUACUUGAAAAGAUUGAUUUGAGUACUAUCAGUUCAGUCGUUUCCAAUGUCUCCGCGUCCCAUGACGACGGUUCAAGUAUCUCAAGCUCCUCGACCCUUAAAGAUGCAAAUCCAUCAAAAGCAAAUACCACCACCAAAAUUACUAUCAAUAGUUACGUUACAGAGACCAAGGCACAACAAGAUGAUACAGAUCCGGCCGAGAAAGCUGUUCUUACGCUCAUGCCUCCUACGCAUAGUCUUGCUUCGGAAUGGUUGGAUGGGUUGUUGAUGUUGUUGAACCAAGCGCCGAUUACUAGCGAAACCAAUAAACUUGUGAGUUUGGUUAGUGAGUAUGGGUUAAAGAUUAGACUUUUGAAUGUGAGAUUAGAUGAAGGAAAUGGGUAUGGAGGUCCCCAGGUGGGACAGGGUAAAGUUCCGAGUCGGGAGGGAUUAGAUGAAGAUUAUUUCUACGAGGUUUAA